AUUACUAAGAAUGUCUGCCGCUAAAAGCGUUAUGGAGACUCCACUCGUGUUAUGGGUGGAGUCUUUCAAUCAAGGUAAAUCUGUCGAGUAUGCCGACUUGUACAAUGGGAUAUUCCUGAACGAUGUCAUGCAGCAGAUUGAUCCUCGUCCGACCAAUCAGAGUGUAAAUCGUCAUGUGGACGAUGUGGAUGCACGGUUACAUAACUGGGAUCUUCUCCUCCGAAACAUUAGAGGUUACUAUGUGGAGGUGUUACAACAGUUACUGAUUACAAAGCCGCCAAAUGUCAAUAUCAUCUGUAGACACCCAGAAAGUGAUAGUAGUUUUGUCGAACUCAAGAAGGCGCUUUUGUUGAUUCUUGGCUGUGCCGUUCAGUGUGAGCGCAAGGAGGACUUCAUUGAUGGUAUCAAACGCCUUGAUGUUGACGUCCAACAUGCCAUUGUCGAACACAUCAAGGAGGUCACAGAUGAUACUGAUUGUGUGUUGUCUAUGGAGCCGACAGAACAUUUGGAGACAUACACGGAAAAGAUGUUCAAUCACUUGACCCGAGUUCUACGAGAACGGGAUGAUUUGGUUGAGGUGACAAAUGAGUUAGCUCAGGAGCGUGACUUCUACCAGUCUCAGAUACAGGAAGCGCCCCAGCUGAAUGUAACCCCUCCGACGUCCAGUCCCGAUAAACAUCAUACGGUGGUCGAGCUGGCAGACGCUAAGGCUAAAAUACGAAAGCUACGUCAGGAACUGGAGGACAAACAGGAACUCAUCACCGACCUCAAGGACGAUCAGGAGGAAAACAAAAUCAUCGUCACUAAACUGCGGAACGAGAAUGUGGAACUGAUCCAGGAUGCCCGGUCAGCACGGUCACUUCGGGAUGAACUGGACAUUCUUAGAGAAAAGUUUGGUAAAGUGAAGAGCUAUGAGAGUGAGAUCACAAAGAUGAAGGAGAAAUUGAAUGAAUUGGAAUUCUACAAAUCACGUGUAGAUGAAUUACGAGAGGACAAUGCCAUCUUGAUAGAAACAAAGAAUAUGCUUCAGGAACAGCUAGAUAGUUGUCAUAAACGCGUGGAAACCGUCAUCGCACUGGAGAAUGAGCUCGGACGGUACAGACAGCAAGUUGAGGAACUGGCAAAGGAACGAGAUACAGACAGACAAAAAAUACAGAUUCUCACAGAGGAAAAUGCUAACCUACAGUUUGAGAAGAAAACCAACAUGAACGAGAGUACCAACAUUGAAAAGGAAUUGGAAUCUGCUCGUCUUAGGAUAGCAGGCAUGGGAGGAUCCUUGUCCAAUCAACUUAAUGAAACAACUAAUGCUAAAAUUCUGAGGCUGGAAUUGGAGAAUCAACGAUUACAGCAGAAACUGGAAGAGGCCAGAGAAAGUGCUCUCAUAGAAAAUACCACGCUUACGUUAGAAUUGGAAAAGGAGAAUCAGCGAUUGGCCAAAAAGGUUGAAAAACUUCAAGAAUCUAGUCGUGAAAUGUCACAGACUCAAAUCGAGCUGGAGCAAAAACUUGACGAGUUUGUUCAUGAAAAAGAACAGCUGUCACAAACUUUAGAAACUGUGAAGGAAAGUGCUGAUAGACAGAUUCGUGAAUUAGAACGCGAAAACGAUCAUCUUACUGAUACUGUUGAUACUGUUCGGGCUCGCAGUGAACAGACCAAUGAUGCAAGGCUCAAAGAUCUUGAGCGUGAAAACAAGCGCAUGCAUGAUACAGUAACAGCGAAAAACCAAUUAUUGUCUAAAAUGGAAUUUGAAAACAGGCAAAUGCAAAAAUCUUAUAAUAAGAUAAAGCAAAGCUCGGAUAAGUUGUCGGAAUUAGAAACUGAAAGUGCAAAUCUGGAAAAAGAAAACUCAGAUUUACACAAAACUGUGGCAACUCUACAGCUAACCUGUGAUAAGUUUGAGGAAAUUGAACAAGAAAAUUCUGAUUUGGAAGUGGAAAAUAGAAAACUGAAGAAAAAUGUGGAGUCUCUUCAAAGUGCUUUACAAAAAAUGGAUCAGCUGGAAAAAGAACACAUCAAUUUAAACGUAGAGAAUCAAAAACUUCAGAGAAGUUUAGAUUCUCUGCGGAAUUCGUCAUCAAAACUUGUCGAGGUAGAAAGUGAUAAAGAUUCUCUGAACCGUGAAAUCCAGCAGCUCAAGAAAACUUUAGAAGUACAACGUAGUCAUCAGGUUAAGCACGAACAAAUGGAGUUGGAUUUGCUUGAUCUAGACAAUGAAAACCAACGGCUCCAGAAAUCGCUAGAGAUGACCAUCAGACGUCUAGAGCAGCUGGAGCAUGACAAUACCGAUAUGGAAAUAGAAAACGAGAAAUUACAGAAAAAUGUAGAAACUUUGAAAGUGUCGACAAAACGCCUCCAGGAACUAGAAAAAGCCAAUGUAGAGUUGGAUGGGGAAGUGUCGAGGCUUGCCAAGGACAAAUCUGUGUUAAGUAAAGAGAAAAGUCGUUUAAAGCAGUCCAUCGAAUUGAAAGAUUCUGAACUGGAUGAUUUGACUUCAAAACACAGUCAAUUAGAACGAACAAAUCGAAACUUAAAGCAGCAGAUCGAUAGACAGAAAGACACAACAGCAAAUAUUACGGAAAUUGAGAAAGAAAAUAAGGAAUUACAACAGCAGGCCAAUGUCACCAAAAGAACAAUGGCAGCCCUCCGCGAGGACCUUGUGAAUGAAAAGGUACGGAGCCAACAGAUGAAGAAUGAGAUGGACAGAUUAACACAUGACCUGGAACGAGUCGGCAUUAAUAAGGAGAAGUUAGUCAAGGCAGAAAACUCUCAGGAUGACAGUCGAUACAAAGCUCUAGAAAACAUGAUGGAAGACGCUCUGAAGAAAAGCAUGGAGAUCAAAGAAGAAAAGAUACAUGCCUUGGAGAGCAGAUUGGAAGAGUCAAAGAAGCGUAACAUUCGUCUCCAAGAUGAGCUGCGUCAGCUGAAACAGGAAUGUGAGUCUCUGAAACAGAGAUACGAGGAGGAGACGCAUGGCCGAGACAGACAUGAUAGUGGUGUGCGUGGAAGUCAAUUUGGUCGGACCAAUAAUCCUUCCAAGGAAAUGUUUGAAGUUAAGGACCAUCUUAUCAAGGUGGAAAGACAGAAUGCCACCUUUAUGGCAGAAAACAAGAACCUAAAAUCGCAGACCAACUCGCUAAAUCUUCAAAUCCAGAAGUUGGAGAGCCAGAACUCCAAACUUCAGAAUCAGUCAGCAUCAUUCCAGGAUCAGUUCUCAUCAUUACAAUCCCACAAUGCCAAACUUCAGGUGGAGAACUCAACGUUGAAAUCAGAGUGUUCCACAUUACGUUCACAGAUGUCAACUCUUCAGUCACAUCUAUCACAGCUGGAGGGCGAGCACAAGCACCUGCUGGAGAACCAGGAGGAGCUGCAGACUUCACAUGAACAGCUGGUUCAGGACCACGAACAACUACAACAGUAUCAUGAACAGCUUGCAUCAGAUUAUGAGGGACUCAUCUCUGAACAUGGCUCGCUUAAAUCUGUGCAUAAGUCUAUGAAAGGAGAAAAUAAAGACUUAAAAGAUAGACUUGACGCAUUCCUUCAGGGUCGCGAGGACAUGUCACGGGUUCAGGAUCGAGCUCAGCGUGAAAAGGAUGCCUUGCGAUCAGAGCUACAAACUCUGGGCGGAGUUCAGAUGGAGUACGAACAUCUACGUGAGGAACAUAAUAAGCUGCUGAAUAAACAUGAACAAUUGUGUAAGGACUAUAGCGAAGUUGCUGGUGAUAACAAACAUCUCAAGUCAGAAAAUAAUACAUUCCUUACCAAAAAUGCCGAACUCAAAACACAAUGUGAUGAAUAUAAAGAACAGUUACAUUCCAUGGAAAUCGACAUUAACAGUCUCGCUCAUAAAUAUGAUACUCUGUACCAGAUGAACCAAAAGAUGGAAGAAGACAAUAAAAACUUACUGAUGCAGAUCCAGUCUCUCCUCAACUCUAACCAAGAACUGUUGUCACAGAUCCUCAACAGUAAGGAGCACUUUGCUGAGGAGGAAAAGUCUUACCUAGAGAAGAUGUCUGACUUGAGACGACAGAAGGAAAGACUAGAAGAGAAGAUCAUGGAUCACUACAGACGACAAGAAGUCUCGAAGAAAAACCGUGGUCUGGGAGCAAGAAUAGCCAGAAGAGCAGCUAAGAUAUUUGUAUCAAGGAACCGGGAGCGAAGUAAGAGCAGAAACAAUCUGACAAACAUCGACAACAGUCAGGACAAUACGUCGCAAGGCUCGGGUGAUAUCACAGCUGACCAUAACGAUUCAAGGAAGUCGGAAAGGAAACACAAUCGACGCGGUAGUGCAGAGAAUCUAUUGGAAACUUCGGCCCUGUCUAAACAGAGUCGUAGUCGCGCAAAAUCUACCACAGCCCUCAACCUCGAGGCUGACAGUAGCGACCAAGCUGUCAGAGGGGCCAAAUCCAGUGACAACCUUUUGGAUUCUGUACGUAGUCAUGGUGACAAGGCUUCAACCAGCUUAUAUAGUAGCACUACGUUGCCAGGCCUCGGAAGACCAACAAGUUUCUCGGAGGAUGACGACGGCGGGUUUCGUUCAAAUGCUGCCGAGGGUGGCAAUGACAUGCUCACACUUGAGGAGUUCCUGGGGGAGGUGAAUAAGGAUAGCAAGAGAAAGUCAAUGGAUUUCACCAAGAACAAGGAUGAUAUUGAGUCCAAAAGUAGUGAGAAUUCCGAGAGCAGUUUCAGGCAAAAACGCCAGGCACCACCACCGCCUGUGACCAACAACCGACCAAUGCAUUCAAUCCCUGAUGUGGCUGCAGUCUCGCAUCCCGACCUUAACCUAUCAAGGAUGUCUCGCAUUUCUACAGGUAGCAGUGGGAGUGGUCAGGAGAGUCGGCCUGAAAGUUACGGACAAGCCACUCCCCCGCACGUUAAGCUUCCGGAAACAUCAACACCUGCACAAUAUAAUAAUGGAGGACCUCACAGCAAUUCACUUGAAGAACUGGAUAAGUUUUCUCCAUUUCCACGGCAACAACAGCAACAUGACUUCAGGAGGAACACAAUGGGUUCAACACAAUCUUCUGCAACAAGAACUCUCCAGUACUCAAUGUUGUCAUCUCCCGGCCAAUCGGGCAACUCACCAGCUAAUCGAUCAUCCAAUCAAAACAGAGAGCUACCCCCUACCCCAUCAGAGCCAGCCACAGACCGACUUGAUAGACUUACGUCACUCAGUCAGUCCUCAUCUUCUCAUAAUAACUCUAUCAUUUCUAAUACCUCAAACUUCAGUGACAUUUCCAAAAAUAAUAGUGUUUAUUCUCCAAAGGACAGUUAUAAUUACCAGUCAUCUCAACAACACAUGGCAAACAAACCCCCUACCCCUCGAGGGUACCCAACCCAGCCCCCAGGGGCAAACAGGGCCUCUCCACAUCCUCACCAGACUGGGGCAAUCAGGAAUCGACAGCCUCCAACAGAUGGCCAGCCAAGUCCUCAGCAAUAUUCACAUAAUGGUCCUGUGAGACCAGUUCCCACCAGAGACACUAUAAGACAUGGACAAAGUCCAGGGUUGCGACCAAAUACCUACCAUGAACAAAACACAUUCCAAAAUAACAAUACAGGUGCCUACUCCGGUGUAGGGGAGAAUCGGACAAGGAAUUCCAUGGAUUACUCUCAACAAAAAUCUAGUGUUCAAAGUAACGGACCAAUUGAAGGAAGUCAGGAGCAUCAUUAUGCACGUGUGCAGAAAAUAGAAAGACCUAAAUCAGUUCCCCCAAACAUUUUUAACCAGUUGCAAAUGCAAGCUCAACAGCAGCAGGGCCAGAAACAGGACCAAGGACCUAUAUAUUCACAGCCACAGAAAGUAGGUCGCACACCGCCUGUGCCACCUCCACGGAGAACUCGUGAUGUGAUUGCUCGUGUCAGUCUGGUUCGAGAACCAGGUCAGAUGCCAACUGGACGCAUGUCUGCUCAGCCUUUCCAAACAUCAGGGGCCAACUCCUCAAAUGGUCCUAUGAAUAAAACUUUGCCAGUAGGGGGCAUGUCACGUUCUGUAAAUCCUGGGGUGAAGUCCCCGCCCUCUAGUACAUCAACUGCCCCACGACCAAUGAAACCUGAGGAGAAUGCCACUGAGCCUAACAAAAAUGCACUAUGGUACGAAUAUGGCUGUGUGUGAGACGCACACCACAGUCCUAAACAUCUACCUCAUCGUAGACGCUUUCUAACGUCUCAUAAUCUCCUCACAAUGGCAUAGCGUUACAUUAAUUAAGUCUCAUAUAGCUUUUUACAUAUUAUUUAUAUUCACAUUCUUUUUUUUUUUCUUUUUUUGUUACUUCUUUUGAAAUGUUGUCCAUGUCAAAUGGAUUCUGCACGUA